AUGGCACCUGUCAAUGUUGUGAUCGUUGGAGCAUCCUACGCAGGGCUCAAGAUCGCCCAUUCCGUAAUCGAGCUCCCUGAGGUCAAGAUUGUAUUGGUCAACCCGGCCACUACUUUCUUCUGGAACAUUGCCGCACCCCGCAUCGUCGCGAAGGCCAAUGCUUUCAAAUCAGAACAGUAUCUGCUUUCAAUUGCCGAUGCCUUCAACAAAUACCCAGCUGAAAAGUUUGAAUUCAUUACGGGCACUGCGACUGCUAUCGACGUUGCCGCUAAGACUGUUGCGGUGACCCCCAACCAGGGCGAGGCCAGGUCAGUGUCGUAUGACCAUCUUGUCAUCGCUUCCGGAAGUACUACUACUGCGACUACUGGCGAGAUUACCGGCUUUUCUAUCCCAUUUAAGCAGUCCAACCGCGAUGAUGUCAAACAGCUCAUUGAGACGGCCCAACAGAAGAUUGCCACUGCCAAAGAGAUCGUCAUUGGUGGUGCUGGACCUAUUGGUGUCGAGCUAGCAGGUGAGCUGGCAGAGGCGGUGGCACAGAGUGGCAGUGCAGCGACAAUUACCUUGGUCUCCGCGACGGAUCGCGUGCUUCCGAUGAUCAAGUCGUCGGGCAGCUCUGCCGCGUCGAAGAUGUUGAAGCAGAAGAAGGUCAAGAUUAUUACCUCUACUCGAGUGACUGGCGCGGAGGCAUCUGGCGACGCAUGGACUGUUGCCCUGGACAACGGCGACAAGCUCUCUGCCGACUUGUAUAUCCCCACAACUGGUGUGAUUCCGAAUAACAACUUCAUCCCGAAGCAAUUCCUGGAUGCGGAGGGUUGGGUCAAGGUCAACAAGGAAAUGCGCGUGGAAUCAUCGGAGAACAUUUAUGCUGCCGGCGACAUUACCAACAACUCGAUGCGCCUGUCGUUCAAGGCUGCUGAACAAGCCAGCGUGGCGGCCAACAAUCUCAAGGCCGAUAUUUUGGGCAAGGGCGAGCGCAAGACCUUUGAUCAGGGCGAGAGCAUCAUGAUGGUUGUCCCGGUUGGCGAGUCUGGUGGUACUGGGCUUGUUUUCGGCUUCACGCCCUUCAGUUUUAUGGUCAAGAUGAUCAAGGGCAAGGAUUACUUCAUCUCCAAGGCAGCACCUAUGCUUGCCGGACAGGCAUAG